UUGAAUCGAUGUUUUUCAGAAUCAAGUGUUCGGCGAAGCACGUCGAAGCCAACAGAUUUGGCAAAGCGAACUUAUCCAGUGAGAGAGCCAGAACCAUUCAAGGAGCGCCAGAGCCCUCCCAAAUUCACGUUCCAUCUUCGUCCGCGCCUUAUUCAAAAGAACCAUCCGUGUAAAUUGAUUUGCAAUGUGCAAGGAAAUCCACUGCCAAAGGUCGAAUGGUUCAAGGACGGUUCACCAAUCAACAUGGAUAGGGCGCACUUAACUUACCGAAGCGGGGUCUGUACAUUGGAGCUGUUCAAUUCUCGUAUAGAUGAUGCGGGUAAUUAUCGUUGUGAGGCAACAAACGAUUUAGGAAAAGAUUACACCGAGUGUAUCGUCACUGUACAGGGUAGAGGUGGCGAAGCAAUACCGGUGGUGCCACAUCGUACAAGACGGGUUUAUGAUUCACUAAAAAUGGGCGACAUUGAGCGCUCUCAGUCCAGUGCAGAUGUGAGCCCAAAGCGUAGUGUUACGCAACUGUCCACAGCAAAAUCUCGUGACGACUCGACUGCAAAACGUGCUGAGAAGCCGCCGAAUUUCAUUUCCAAACUGUCCAACAACACUGUCUUUGAGGAUGAACAAGCCAAAUUCUCCUGCGAGGUGGAAGGCGAUCCUGAACCACUAAUCGAAUGGCUUCAUAACGGCGAACGCGUGACGGAAGACGCCCGUUUAAGAAUCUCAUCAUUAGCGGGUCGAGCAACAUUAGUAAUCAGCAGUGUUGUAAAAGAAGACGAAGGCGAAUACUGCUGUCGUGCGAGCAACUCAGCCGGCUCCGAAACGAGCAGGGCAGAUCUCGUCGUAAAAAACUGUUGCGGAAAAAAUCAAAAGCUGGCGGUGGCACUAGAAUCAGUGCAUCUGUUUGGUGCUCAUUUCAUCAAAUUCCAAUUAACGUUCGUAACAACACUGCAGGUGGAAGGCGAUCCUGAACCACUAAUCGAAUGGCUUCAUAACGGCGAACGCGUGACGGAAGACGCCCGUUUAAGAAUCUCAUCAUUAGCGGGUCGAGCAACAUUAGUAAUCAGCAGUGUUGUAAAAGAAGACGAAGGCGAAUACUGCUGUCGUGCGAGCAACUCAGCCGGCUCCGAAGCGAGCAGGGCAGAUCUCGUCGUAAAAAAGCGUAUUGUGGAGAAUGGUGAUGUAACAGCUGAUUAUUUGUCAAGUGAAGUGAUAGCGGGUGACGAAUCUACAGAGCAAGUACAGGAGCAGCAGCAGAUGAUUCCGAAU